AUGUCUGACGAUAAAAUUACAAAUGAUUCACCUGAAAAUAGAGAAACGUUAGAACAGUUAUCAUCCGAUGUAACAAAGAAAGAUAUAACAGCUACAAUGAAAUAUGAUAGAAAUCGUAGAUUAACUAUGAAACCUUCUAGUAAUCGACAUAAAAAAUCUGAUGAUAAUAAAUCAUCAGAUGAGAGAUCAUCUUAUGGUGGACCUGAAGAUGAAGAUGCAUUUGAUGGAUUUAUUUUAAAUGAUUUUAGUCCGUUCUCCGGAGAUGAGAAUUUGAUUGAAUGGUUAGAUAUAACUGAUGACAAGUUCAAUACUUUCAAAAUUUCACGUAAACUUCGAUGUCUUGGAAUUCCUUUGCUUAUCAAAGGAGAUGCUAAACGAACAUAUAUCAAUAAUAAGAAUGAAAUAAAUACGUAUGAUGAUUUGUGUACAUUUCUAUUGAUGGAAUAUAAACCUAUCAACCAUAAUUUUCAGCAUACAAAGUCGCACUCUGAUCCACUAACAUUAAGUCAGAGUAAUUUAAUCCAGGAUGCGUCAAUACGAAAGAAGGAUGUUUUCGAUGAAAAACCAAACAUGACUACUAGUACUUUUGAAGCAAAUUUUAGUCUACCACAACCUCCAAUUUUACGUUCAACUGCAUUACUCGAUCUAGGAGCCACCGGUUUAUCCAGUGAUGAUCCUAUUAAUCGACCAAAUGUUGCAUCAUCCCAGAAUACAUUUCUUAAUUCUAGUAUACUUGAUAAAACAGCUUAUGCACUUCGUCAUGCAAUCGUUGGUCGUCUUAUUAAAAAUCCAAAAACCUUUCGAAGUGGCAAGGAUGAUGUUAAACAGUGGAUAGAAGAAAUUGAACAGCUCUUCGACACAGCUCAAAUUCCAGAAAAUCAUAACCUGGAUUUGGUUCAAUACUCCUUAAGAGGUGAAGCGUUACAUUGGUUCAAAAAUAAUAAAUCCACAUUCAUAUCUUGGAAAACCUUUGUUAAAGGUUUAAAAGAAACUUUCCUUUCUCCUUUUUUUGAGGAAAUAGCUUUUAAAAAGCUUGAAAAAUAUUCUCAAAGAGUGAAUCAACCUGUUCGUAGUUUCUACAAUGAAGUAAUAAAACUUUGUAAUGAGGCUGAUUCAUCAAUGAGUGAAUUUACUAAGUUAAGAAAUCUUCUUCAUAAAACUAAACCUACACUUCAACUAGAAAUAAGAAAGAAAAAACCUACAACCACGAAACAAUUUCUUGAGUAUACGAUGGAAGUGGAAGAAUUAUUUCAUUUAUCUAAUAUUUAUAUUUCUGAUGUUCCUAAUAAAACCAAUCCACCUAGUCCAGUAACAUCUAUAGUAGCACCACCACGACCAAAAAAUCCUCCAACACAAUCUGAUAAAACUACUCCACUAACAACUCAUCCAGAAAAUAAUUGGGUGAAUCCGCCAGGUUUCGACCACUUUUGUGGAAAAAAAUUUUUUUCUUGA